CCAGCCUAUGGUCGAAAAAUGAUGACUGGGUAUUUGUCAUCAAAGGGAAUCUGUGCAUCAGAAGUUCGUGUGGGACAUAUGCUCAGGACUGUUAAUCAGCCUUAUCAUACAGAUCGGUGCCAUGGGGCCAAGAACCUGAAUCCAAUGCCUUACAAUGCAGAGUACAUGGGUCACAAACUACACAUGGACCAAAAUGAGAAAUUGGUCAUGUUUGGUGUGACUCAUGUGCUUGCUAUAGAUGGCUAUUCCAGCAAAAUUGUUGGACAUUCCACCAUGCCAGUUAAGAAUAACCUGCUCAUAUAUCAGGAUGUGUACAGAAAUUCUGUUUUACAACAUGGCAUUUGGGAUCAAAUCAGGGUGGAUCAUGGAAGAGAGUUUUUCUUGACUCUCUUUAUUCAGGAGAAAUUGGCAGGCCUUCGGUUUAAUACAGACAGACAGGCCUACAUUCAAUCACAUUCAACACAGAAUCACACGAUAGAAAGAAUCUGGCCAGAGGUGAACCAAAGAGUUAAUUAUCCACUGAAAGGGGCAUUACUUCAUUUAGUUGACCAGGAAGAGAUCGACAUGGAAGACAACUUGACCAAACACUAUAUGUCUUCCCUGACAUGUUCGGCAGCUCAAGUUGGCGUUGACAGAGUAGUGAAGUCAUGGAAUGCACACAGGAUUCCAGGCAAAGGCAUACCUAAUCUGCUGGCUCAAGGGGGAUGCCCUAAAAAGGUUUCUCCAGAUCUUCUACCAGAUGCAACAGAAGCUGCAAACCAGUAUGACCAAGAAGUGGGAGCCUCUUUGACAAGACUUUCGACCUUUGGAAGAAAUCCAUUUCAUUGUCCAGAGGAUCAGGAAGCAGCCGAAAGAGAGUUUUCACUGCAGUGCCAUGACAUUGCCUUGUUGUUUGAAAAUGCUGUAAAUUACCAGCCUGUACAGUUUCAAAAUGAUGUAAAGCUUCUUGUUGACAUAGUCAGAAAAUAUGUCUAGAAGUAAUUUCUCCAACAAAAAAAAAAUCACUCCCAUAUUUGUUGUCCCAUGCCAUCUUAAUCUCAGUCCCUUUUUGGUCCAGCAUUGGCAAAAAUGAAUUAAUGUUAAUCAUGUGGUGAUUUUAUGUAAGCCUCAUUCUGCACAGCAAAGCAUUCUGAAUGAAGUUACCAAUGUAAGAAAACCAAUAUAGUGCUAUAUUUAUGGCAAAAUAUUUUUUCCUAAAAUAACACUAACAACACAAAUAACAGUAAUACAGUACUAGAAAUAAUAUCAGAUAUACAGAUCAAUGAAUCCAUUAUCACAGUACCAUGGCCACAUGCUCUAAAUGUACUUAUUACUAGUCAUAUAAACAUUGAUUUACAUGGAUUUUCUCUUCGUUAUAAUCUCAUUUAACUUGUAAAAACGACAUUAGACAUAUAUUUCAUUCAUUAUAUUUGUCAAAAUGAAUUGACAAAUAAUAAUAAUCAUUAAUAAGAAUUUUACUGUAGACAACUUGAGUUUUUACUAGUAAAAAUGGGACUGUAUUUUUCGCUUCACAGCAUCUGAACUGUUUGUUUCUGUUUUUCUUUUAGUACCGAUAGGGGGGGAUUUGUCCAUGUUCUUUAGGCGUUAUGAGGAGUCGAAGAAGUUGGAAGUGUGCAGCUAGCUCCGUGUUGCAUCAGUUGGCUAAAAUGGAAACCUACGUCGUGUUUAAAGGAAAUAAAAGAGUUACACUCCGAUUUGAGGACAUGCGAGCUGACAGGAUUGCUCAGAUAUUCCAGGAUACUGUCACAGCUUGGAAGAGACCUUCAACAGAGUUUAACGGCUACCUAUAAACCCGGCAAACGUAUACAUGACGGAUGCUGCCAACGUUGCCAUCUUUCCUUUGGAAAGUGGGAACUUCAGUGGAUUGGAUCUGACCGUGCACGCUCAUUAUGAGGUACACUCAUAUGAGGUCAUUAUGAGGUUACCACUCGGCAUUUUUCUUUCCUCCAACCUUCCACGUCCUCGCUGCCAAACUGCCUCCGCGACCAAGCACACCUCGAUCUUUUCAAAGAAAUCCUGGAUGGAAGGCUGGUGUCCACCAGGGUUAUUGUGGUGAGAUUUGUGGAGGCAGAGGCGAGCGUGGCUUGUAUCCUACAGAAAGUAAAGGUGGCAAUGGCGAACGAUGAGGAAUAUGUCCUGACUGACGUUCAUGGAAAUGAGAUCAUGGAGACCGAGGGAACAACAGGGUCAUUAUACUGGAGGCAAAAUUCAAGGAAGAUCCAUGCUUUAGAAAAAACAUCAUAUCAGCAGUGGCAGACCAGGAGGACACGUACACAGUCAUUUUCCCCACAGUUAAAACAUGAGCUAAAACUAUGGAAUUAUCCGUUGAGAAUUGUUAACAACUCAUUGUUAUAAAAUGUGGUGUACCCUUAAAGCCGCAGAGGUGAUGAGACUGCUUUGGUGGCUUUGAGAAAUCAGGUGGAAGAGCUGGUGGAGGCAUCCCAUGGACUGGAAGACAUCACUUCACAAAUUAAAGUGCUGAUAGGCCACUCUAGGUCCAUGCUCCAGAGCCAGAAAAUUAAGCAGGCAUUUGCGUGUUUGAUUUGCAGAGAAACCAUGGAGGGCCCCAUGUUUGCUGCCUGCUGCCGGACCUUGGUCGGCUGCAAAGUCUGCGUUCAACAAUGGGAAACCACAUCAACCCAUUGUCUAAAGUGCAGGGCCGAGAACAUACAAUGCACAGAGGUCCUUGGGUUGUCAUCAGCUCUAAACAUUAUCAAAUGUUUUGGCCAGUAGGAUUGUUAUUGUUUCAGUUGUUCAGAAAAGGUUUGUUUUAAUAAUAAUUGUUUUGAUAAAAAAUGUUGUUCAAAACGUUUGUUUUAGUAAUAGUGUUUUGAGGAUGUAUUGUCUGUAGUUUGAGUUUUAUAUCUGUAAUGUUUUAAAAAGAUGUUCUAAUAAUUUCUAGUACUCUCACUGCUACUGUUUUAUU